AUGCUGGCGAAACAUAUUGCAAGAAGAAUUCCGCAAGUUCGCCGCUUUUCCGGAUUCCGACAGGUCCUUAUUGGAAGUGUCUCGAACGGAAAUGCUCCAGCUUUGACGGUGCAGGUAAUUUUCUGUAUUUUUGUGUUAAAUGUUUUUAAUUCAGUUGUUUUUUCAGAAAACCGGCAUUCGCCAAUUGUCUCACAAUGUGCAGUUGAACCUGGAGCCGAUCGCAGAAGCCGACGUUCCGAUCGAUCAAAUGGUGUCGUCGAUUUACGAGCACGUGUCGAAGAACCGUCCGGACACGUUCAGCGAAGAGGAAAAGAAGAGCAAGCCGCUGGAGCCGCGAACCAUCUCGCACAGCUACCGCAGAUUCGUGAUCCCGCUGAGCACGGACAAGGCGAAGCAGAAGGAGUACCUGAGUGCGAUGGGCAACGUGCGAAUCGGAAAAGUGCUCGAGGACCUGGAUCACAUGGCCGUUCACGUGGCGUACGUGCACAACUCGGAGAACGGAACGCUCGACGGGCCGAUGACUUUGCCGCGCACGAUCGUCACCGCGUCGGUGAAGCGCAUCGAUUUUCACAAGUACUUACAAGCGGCUUUUCGUGCCCAAUCGUUUUUGAAAGUUCCAGAGAGGAUAUCAACUCGUCGCGCGACAUUAUCAUCGACGGACAGGUCACUUAUGCGGGCGUCAGCAGCAUGCAGAUCUCGAUCCGUUUGUUCCAAAACGACGAGAGCGGCAGUUUGAUUCAUCUUCUGAAGGCAGACUUUAUCAUGGUGAUUUGAAAGUGAAAUAUUUCUAAAACAGGCUCCGCUAAUUGACCGAUUUUGCGAAAUUUCACUGAAAAAAAUCGGAAAUGUUUGGGCUUUUGAAAAGUUUCAUUUCGCGCCAACCGAUUUCUCAUUUUCUCCUUCGCAAAAGAGCGCAUUUGCAUCGUUCCCCCAAUUUCAGGUCUCCCGCGAUCCACUGGACGCGACGAAAAAGAUUCGUGUGCACGGACUGGUCGCCAAGACUCCAGAUGAGGCGGAGACGAUCAAUCAGACGAAGGAGCACUUCAAACGAAUGGGCAACUCGGAGGAACGACAGCCGACGCACGAAGAGUUCCUGCUCAUUCACAAUAUGUACGGAAAACUGAUCAGCCGGAGCAUGGUCAACGAUAUUCCCGUGUUGAAGGUGAGAAUAGUUACCGAGAAAAGUUGAACGCUCGAAUUUGCAGCCGUCGGAAAUGUGGAUGCACAAGACAAAGCUGUCGGUGACGGAGAUCUGCUUCCCCGAGUAUCAGAACAUGUACGGAAAGAUCUUUGGCGGAUUUCUGAUGCGAAAGGCGCUUGAACUGGCGUACACGAACGCAAAACUGUACUGCAAAGGACGUGUGGCGGUGCGAUCGAUGGAUCAGAUUGAGUUUGCGAAGCCGGUGGAGAUCGGACACGUCCUCCACUUUGACUCGUUCCUCACCUACACGGACGGCAAUUAUGUGCAAGUGAAGGUCGCCGCGUCGGUUUCCGAUCAGAACAAACUGCCCGAACUGGCGAAACUGAACAAUCCGACGCUCGGACAAGAGGUUGGACCGAUUUUGAUGAGAUUCGCAUCGAAACAAUGCAAUUUUCAGGCUCGCGUCAACACGAACGUCUUCAAUUUCACAAUGGAAAGUGUGGAGAAUCGGAAUGUGCUGAAGGUGGUUCCGAAGCAUUAUGUGCACGCGACGACGUAUUUGGAAGGACGACGACUUCUGAAUAAUACGCUCAAGAGAAUUGUCAACUGA